GUUUGAAGGAAUUUCUUUGUUCGGUGGGAAAAAGGAAAAAGAAAAAAAAAAAAAAUCAGCAAACAGCAAAUGACGAAAGAAGCUGAGGACCUCAUAAUUGAGGGAGAAAAUGUAUUUUUCCUGAGGAAAAAAUAAAAAACAUAAUUGAAGGAAGAAAUAAAAACAACCACACAGUCAACAACAACUACCUUCCCAAUGCAGCAGAAUAGUCUUAACCAGAUAAAAACAUAACAGUGUCCUACCAGCUGGUUUGAUUUCUGGAAAAAGGUACGUAAAUUUUUUCUAAAAAUCCUUUGAACCCUUCUUCACUUUAGUUUUUUCUGUUCCACAGACACAGUUGUUGUCAGUUCAAUUUUUGGUUGGUGUUUUGCAUGUUAUAAAUGAGUAAUUCUUGAGAAAAUGGUUCCUGGAGAUGGAAGCUAUACUUGGAUUUUGAAGAACCAUAGGAGUAUUUGUCCAUAAAAAUCAGCCUUGAAAACUGGGUUGUAGGAUUUUACAUAAGAGGGAGGCUUUCAUGUUUAUAUAUCUAUAUGUUUUAGUGGCUGUUUGAACGGGACGGGAAUAGAAUUAAAUAGAAAGCAAGAGUGGUGGAAAAUUAAGGGACUUUAUUCUGGGAAUUUCUUGUACUACAGAGUUAGUUUGAUCCAUCGAUGUUUGGUACAGAGAAGUUCGAGUUCAAGGUUUGAAGUUAUGCUCUUUUGUUCUGGAAAUGGAUAAAAUGAUUGUAUGGAAAGAAGACUUGUAGAAUGAAGAUUUAUGGUGUUUCGGAUGAGCUGAUGUGGAAUAUAGAAAUUGAUUUCCUAGUUAUUCCAGUAUGUAUUCUUGGCUAUCCAAGAAGGUUCGGUCUUUUACUAUCUGUUGAGAUGGAACUUUUGUAUGUUACUUGCGCUUUGAGAUGAUACCAACCGAAACCACAGCUACUGCUCUAGUACAUCUUUUGUUACUAAAGGCGCUUAUGCUGUCCAAGAAUGCGAUCUUAAAUUAUUGAUGAGUAGUUUAAACAUAGUUGCAAUUUUCUUAGUCUACUUGGUUAGGUGUUGUGUGUAUGAAUUCUUAAAGAGGUUCUUUUGGGAGGUAAUGAUGUUUAUGGCAGUAACUGACUAAACCUAUUUGUUCAUUGCCAGACUUGUAGGUCCAGAGAGUAAAUGCCCAUCUCGGUCUCAUAAGAAGGUGGAAGGACCAAUAGCUAAUUUGAGCAGCUGCUGAACCCUGCCUUUUGACAAGAUUAAGCUAUGACAAGUAUAUUGGCGAGCAGAACAUGUAUUUGGUCUCCAGGGGAUCAAGAGUAUGGAGUCAGGGGUAGAAGUUGCCGAAACCCUUGUUUGAAGUCAUCAAAUCUGGAAUCUGCUUCCAGGGAAUUAUUUCCGUCCAAGCUGCACCUCCUUGCAAGCGGACAAAAUGUUACUGCUAGAAAGCUUGGGCCAGUUUUUUCCAGUACAGUUGAGGGGGAUAUGGAUCCAGAUGAUGCUUCCGAUGGAGAGAAAAACCAUGAAUCUACAGGCAAUGAUAAUGAAGCUGUGAAUAGUGAGAGUCUUAGGAAAAAGCUUGAAAGAAUCGUUGGAAGAGAUGACUCAACUUUCAGUGGGAUAGACUUGGCUACACUUAUACGCAACAAGUUUGGGAGGUCCUACGAUGUUCAAUUGAUAAAAAAGGAAUUCAUGGGUAGGAAUCUCCUUGCAUUAAAUGUUAUGUGGAAAUACAGGGAGCAGAGAUCAUUUCCUUUAACUGAAGAAGAGUACAUACUGAGGCUCGAUGAUGUCGCGAAUACAUUAAAAUGCUGGGGAGCUGUAUCACAUGUCCGGAACAGCCUAGAAAAGUUGAGGGAGAAAGAGAGACCUCGAAUAGGAAAGGCUAUCAGCAUUUUCAUUGAUAUGGAUGAGUCUGGAGGGCGUGCAAAUGAAUGGAUUUAUAAGUAGAUUCCACCGAGAGGACCAAAUGUUUCUCAUUUUUGCUUCCAAGUGAUAACACAUACAUAGUGCCACUUUCAGAGUCGGCAACUACAGAAGUUUUGGUAGAAAGUGGGUAAUGUGCUGCUGCCAGCGGUAAACAGAUUAUGUAUAGCCAAAAUACCCUCUCUCUUUUUUCUUUUCUUUUCAUUUUUUUCAAUAGGAUCUUGUAAGAAUUUCCUGCCUCUUCCCCCAAACGGUCAUUAAUUAUUAUUUAUUCAUGUAAUUACAAAAACACUGCAUUUUCGUGACACCAAAAAGAUUGCCAGUGUUCCUCAUGGACGAUGUGAAAAACAAUUCAUUUGCUUGGCUUUUCUUCGGAGAGAGGAUUUGGCUUAGACCUGAUUAUUAUCUUUCUUACGGGAACAAGCAUACUCGAUUCAAGGUCAUCAUUUCAUACUAAUCAUUUUCAAAAUUAAAAAAUAUGUACAAUAAAGGAGACAAAUGCAUAAACACCAACCUUAUUCGGUGUUCAUUGAAACAAAGGAGUCGACGUGUAACAAUUUUGGGUGGCA